AUGAGAAACGAACGAGUACUUAUUUUAUCCUUCCUUCUGAUGCUUCAGAGUAUGUUAUGUGCAAAUGGCAGAAGAGGACACAAGAAAGUCUAUCCAACAUUUCUUUUUAAAACUGACAAAGUAAUAAAACAGAAAUUUAAAUUUAAAUCUAAAUACAAGCUCAAAAGUAGUCGUACCUUCUUAACUGGAAUUAAGCCUAGUGGUAACAUACAUCUGGGAAACUACAUUGGAUGCUUGAACCCAAUCAUAAAUGUAGAGGCGACGAAAAUAAAGAACAUGUGUGAGAAAAGUAAAACAGCAAAUCUUGUGAAUAUAAACAAAAUAAUAAUAAUAGCUGACUUGCACUCACUAACAAAUAUAAAUAAUAUCUUCACUUUGAAACAAAAUGUUAUCCAUUCAGUAAAUAUUAUCCUUUCUCUAAUAAUAGACAUGUAUGUAAAAAAAAAAAAAUACAUAGACGUACUUAUAAAUAAUGUAAAAUUAGAAGAUUUGUUAAAAUUGUUUAAAAUAAAUAAAUUCUUAAGUGAUGAAAAAUUGAACAACCUUGAACCUAGCACUAAGGAGUCUCAUAAAAUGUACUCCUUUUUGAAUUGUCAAUCGAGAAAUGAUAAAUCAAAUGUACCAAAUGAUCUUAGGAUAUUAUUAUCAGACGAGAUGGAUAAUUUGUCCAAUGUGCAAAGCACACAAGUAAAUAAAAAAAUGAAAGAAAAAAAGCAUGAGGCACAACAAAUGAAUUCUAAACAAUACAUAAAACAAAGACACUCUUUCUACAUAUUUAAACAAUCAGACAUUGCACAACACAUGUCACUUUAUUAUUUAAUAAACUCAUUUACGUCAAUUAAUUUAUUAAACACACAUAUACAUAUAAGGAAUGUGACAAAAGACAAAUCAGUUGCUUUACUUUCAUAUCCAAAUUUAAUGCUAGCUGAUAUUUUAUUAUACGAGCCCGAUUACUUAAUAGUAGGAGAAGAUCAAAAAAAAAAUAUAGAAAUAAUUAAAAAAAUUUCCAAAAAAAUAAAUUCGUACUUUCCUGACAUUAUAAAAUUGCCAAAAAUAUAUUCAUCAAAAUUUAAUAUCCAAAUAAUGAACUUAGAUGGACACAAAAAAAUGAGCAAAGAUAAUGAUACCUCAUUAAAUGAAAAAAAGCUACACAAUAUUAUUUACCUGUUUUAUGAAAAACAUAUAAUAGAAAAAAAAAUUAAAAAAGCUAAAACAGAUAAUUAUAAUAAUUUAAUAUAUGCUCAACCUGGGAGAAGAGAAAUUAACAAUCUUAUGAAUAUAUUUUUCUUUUUUUAUUAUUACAAAAUGAAAUCUAUCCAUACCCCACUAAAUCAACAGACACAUAUCACACCACACCAAGAACACAUAGAUGAACUCUUCUUACAUAAACAUGAACAAGUUAUACACAAAUAUCAUCCACCCUUUUCCACCACUUUAGAAAAUGUAAAUAACUCCAACAAUAAUAAUACAUCCUUGUAUAGCAAUUCUAAACAAAAUGACAAUAUUAUCCUUCAAAUGUCUGCAAAAAAAAUCAAUGAAGGAAAAUUAUAUCUCACACGAAACAACAUAAAUUCAAAUAUUAAUCCACAAAUUGGAAAUCAUAUUUUAUCCUUCUACAAUAAUAAUUAUUCCGUAUUCAAAUAUGAAUUGUCUAACCUUAUUUACGAUCAUUUUCUGCUUUCAAAGUAUAUACAUUCUCUUCUUCAAAUGAACAAUAAUCUGGUUAAUCAAGUUUUAAAGGAUGGUAAAAAAUGCAUCUCUACCAUGGCCAAAAAAAACUUCCAGAUUUUCAAAAAUAGGCUCAAUAUUUAG